ACGGAAGUUGGACUUUUAUUACUAGCUGGUUUCAUAAGGUUGCUAUUAGCCUUUAGCUGGUUCUGAUAAGGAUACGACUGUCAUCAGCCCCUAAGCAGCCUGCUGUCAAAGUUGUGGCGUGGGAGAAACAACCACAUUUCAGAAAACUGAAUGGCCGAAGGCUCAUCAGAGCCUCCUGACAUCCAUCUCAAUGGGACGUCAAACCAAAGGCAUCAUCAGCAUAAAACCAGAAGGGGUCGGCCCAGGCAUAACGAUUACAGAAAUUCAAGUAGCAAUGAGCCCUCGCAGCAAGAUGAACACUUGAAUCAAGGCUUUGAUCAAUCCUUUAGACAUAACUCUUCAAAUUAUCCAGAUUUCCAGUACCCUCCCUAUCAAGGAGAGGAUGGAGUCAGAAGAGGAGGCAGAGGUAGAGGGAGGAGAGAAGGGAAUAGAGGUGGAAAUGGGAGGUUUAGUGGGUCAAACUCUUGGUGGCAAAGACCUGGUGGCAAUAACAGAGGUGGCUAUCAGUCAGCUACAUAUCCAGGAGAUGGGCCUGAUGCACCUAACUGGCGCAGAGAUGAUGUGGGCAGGAAUUUUGCUCAUGGCAAUGAAGACCAGGAUGCCCAGGCUAAAAAACCGAGGAGGUUUAGUCAGGAGCAGAGGAGAGGAGAACUGAAUGAUAAAGGCAAUACUACCACAGCAGAGGGUCUGAAGUUAGAUUAUAACAAAGGAGAAAGUCAUCCUUUAGAUAACAGGGAAAGGACUCAAAGGACCAGGACAAGUAAGGGCCCAGGCUCCCAACAGAAUGACCACCAGAUGAAACACACUGAGUUGAAGCAGAAACGGCAAGGACCAAUCAAACCACCCAAACCACCACCUGAUGACGAAGUGGGCUCAGACAGAGGAGCCAGUGGCCAAGAUGACUCUGAACCAGACAGGCUGUCCCAGCAGAAUCCUGCCCGCAAAGCAGGAAGAGGCUCAGGACAACACACAGCCUCUCAGGGCAGAGGACAGAGACGAGCACAACAUCAAAAUUUCAGGUCCGGUCAGAAGAACUGGUGCAAGGUGCCAGAAAGCAAGGAGACGCAGACAGGAUGCCUUAUUGAACAGUUGUCUGGGGAGAAGUACGAGUGCAUGGUUUGCUGUGAUGUCAUUCGGGUCAUGGCUCCGGUGUGGAGCUGCCAAAGCUGCUACCAUGUCUUCCACCUGAACUGCAUCAAGAAAUGGGCUCGAUCCCCGGCUUCUCAGGCAGAUGAGUCAGCUGAAGGUUGGCGCUGUCCAGCUUGCCAGAAUGUUUCACUUAAAAACCCCACCUCCUACACCUGCUUCUGUGGUAAAGUGACAAACCCAGAGUGGCAGCACAGUGAGAUUCCCCAUAGUUGUGGUGACAUGUGUGGGAAGAAAAGAGGCGGAGUGGACUGCAACCACCCCUGUAACAUCUUAUGUCACCCUGGACCUUGUCCCCAGUGUCCUGCUUUUGUAACCAAAUCCUGCAUCUGUGGGAAGACCAGUCAACCAAUGCGCUGUGGCCAGGCUACUGUACUCAAAUGUGACAAGGUGUGUGGCGCUACGCUCAACUGUACCAAACACACCUGCACCCAGGUGUGCCACCGCGGGACAUGUCAGCCCUGUCAGCUGGAGGUUCAGCAAGUUUGCUUCUGCGGGGUUACCACUCGUGAAGUCUUGUGUGGCACAAAUAAAGAUGGAUUUGAUGGUUCGGGGCAUUUCUCCUGUCAGAAAGUGUGUGGAAAGAUGUUGGACUGUGAAGCCCAUCGGUGUCAAGAUCUAUGCCACCGUGGGGCAUGUCAGUCCUGCCCUCUGUCGCCACGCCUGGUAAAGACAUGUCCUUGUGGUCAAACCCCGCUGACUAAACUCCUGGAACUGGGUUACUCAGAACGAAAAAGUUGCUCUGAUCCCAUCCCCUCCUGUGGAAAGAUGUGUAACAAACCUCUGGCCUGUGGCUCCAGUGACACAAUCCAUAUCUGUGAGAAGUUGUGCCAUGAGGGCAGCUGUGGGCCAUGUUCCCUGACCUCUAUGAUCCGAUGCAGAUGUGGCGCCAAGACAAAAGAGGUCCCAUGCGCAACAAUCCAAAAAGAAGAUGAGCUUGUCUUCACUUGCGAGAGACGCUGCAACAAAAAACGGUUAUGUGGUCGACACAAGUGUGGCGAGCUUUGUUGUGUGAACGUGGAGCACAAGUGUUCUCUGAUCUGCGGCUACAAGCUCAACUGUGGUCUCCACCGCUGCCAGGAGCCCUGUCACCGUGGAAAAUGUGAACCCUGCUGGCAGUCCAGUUUUGAUGAGCUGACGUGCCACUGUGGGCUCACUGUCUUAUACCCGCCCAUCGCCUGUGGCACAAAGCCACCUGAGUGCAAAAAUCUUUGCACAAGGAGACACGAUUGUGACCACCCAGUGUUUCACAACUGCCACAGUGAAGAGAAGUGUCCACCUUGCACGUACCUCACUCAGAAAUGGUGCAUGGGAAAGCAUGAGCAACGCAGCAACAUCCCAUGUCAUCUUCAAGAUAUAUCUUGCGGCCUGACGUGUAAUAAACUGCUGGCGUGUGAAAUGCACCGCUGCCGGCGCAUCUGCCACCGCGGCGAGUGCUUGGCAGACGGCAGCUGCCAUCAGCCCUGCGCGCUGCCUCGUCCAGACUGUGGCCACCCGUGCUCCGCUCCCUGUCAUAAAGGCAGCAGCUGCCCACGCACCACCUGCACUGCCAAGGUAGCUCUACAGUGUGACUGUGGGCGAAGAAAAGAAACGGUGAUGUGCACAGAAGCAGCCACUUCAUAUCAGAGAUAUGCAGCCAUCGCCAUGGCCAGUAAACUGUCCGACAUGCAGCUUGGAGACUCUAUGGACAUCGGGUCUCUCCUCACGAAGAAGGAGCUGAAACAGGCCAGGCUUGAAUGUGACCAAGAAUGUGCCACUUUGGAGAGAAAUAGACGAUUGGCAGAUGCGUUGCAGAUAGACUCAUCCUCUGACCCGUUCAACGCCCGCUCCACCUCCAUUUACAGCGACAGCCUCAAAGAGGAUGCAAGAAAAGACCUUAAAUUUCUCACAGAGGUAGAAGAAGAGAUCAAGAAUCUGGUCGAGCUUCUUAGUAAGGGAAAACAAACCAAGAGGAGUCACUGUUUCCCACCCAUGAACAGAGAACACCGAAAGAUCAUCCACGAACUGGCCGAGGUAUACGGCGUGGAAAGCGUGAGCUACGACAGCGAGCCCAAACGCAACGUGGUCAUCACAGCUCAUAAGGGGAAAGCAGCGUGUCCCAACUCAACUCUGACAUCUGUAAUCGAGCGAGAGACCGCUGCAAGAGCCCCUCCCCCCAUCGCUCACAUCAAACAACACAGCAGCAAGCCUGUCACUGGAAGCUCCUGGUCGAAGACCGUUAAAGAAGAACCUGUGAUUGAUUAUUUUGACGUCCAAGACUAAUGAGGCCAAAAAAAGAAGAAAAAAAAGAGAAGAGAAAACGUCAGGACCUGCUUAGAAAUAUUCACUUCACAUCUGCCAAAUACCAUUUUUCUGUUCAUUUCACAAAAAGAGAUCAAUAGCAACAUUCGUCGGUUUAUGAUCAAAUAAAAGUUGGAAAAUUUCUCAAAGA